AUGGACCAUCAAGUGUCUUUGCCGACAUCUACCACAACCGGAUUUAUAUUUGCCCUCCGUUGCAACCACACCAUGAUCGAUGGAGCCGGCCUGUCGCUCCUUCUAAAGUCACUAUGCGAGUUGGCGUGUGGGCUUCAUGCCCCCUCGGUUCCACCCGUAUGGGAUCGACAUUUGUUGACAGUGAGUGCUUCCGAGGCGCGUGUGACCAACACGCACCGUGAGUACGAAGAUCAUGUGGAAAGCAACGCGUUAGCGGCAGGAGAACCUUUGGUUAGCCGGUCUUUCUUCUUUAGGGCGGAAGAGAUCUCCGCCAUACGGAGACUCCUUCCGCAUGAUCUCCGAAACACCUCAUUUGAAGCGUUGUCGUCGUUUUUAUGGCGUUGUCGGACAAUCGCGUUGAAUCCUGAUCCCAACACUCAGAUGCGACUUACUUGCAUCAUCAACUCUCGUUCCAAGCUUCGUAACCCACCGCUACCGCUGGGUUACUAUGGAAACGUAUUCGUCAUUCCCCCGGCAAUAGCGACAGCAAGAGACCUUAUGGAGAAACCGCUUGAGUUUGCUUUGAGGUUGAUACAAGAAACGAAGUCCAGCGUAACGGAGGACUACGUCCGCUCGGUAACAGCCCUAAUGGCGACAAGAGGCCGGUCUAUGUUUGUGUUGGCGGGGAACUACCUAAUAUCUGAUUUACGACAUUUUGAUUUAGGAGAAGUUGAUUUCGGGCCGUGGGGUAAGCCCGUGUAUGGUGGAACCGCUAAGGCCGGUAUCACAGGUUUUUCGGGAGUGAGUUUCUACGUGCCGUUUGAAAAUCAAAAAGGUGAGACAGGUACCGUUGUGGCGAUUAGCUUGCCGCUACGGGCGAUGGAGAGGUUCGUAGCAGAGCUACAUGGCGUGGUUAAUGUGUUUAAGAGGUGAACCCAAAAUCCUUAGGUCUGUUUAUGUCUUCUCUAGAUCUAAGAGCUUAGUCGGGACGUUACGUUAUCAGUAAAAUUAUUGAUCAGUUUAAUCAAUUAUUGAAUUAAAGACUAAUGAAGUUUUAAAGGUUGAAUACUUGCAUUCCACGAAGACAUUAUUUUUCAUAACGGCUCCUAUUGGUUUUGAUCGUGGCACUCUGAAGAAGAGCUUAUCUUUCUAUUAGAGUAGCUUAUCUUUCUAUUAGAGUCCCUCUCAAUUCAUUUGGGUUUUUGCUUGGAUCGAAAUA